AGAGGGGGGAGUGUUCGUGAAGAAACCAAUGGAAUGCUCGAGAGGUGUGUUCCUGCAGACAAAUGCCCACAUGCAGGAACGCCCCGAAUUACGUGCUGCAGUUGCAUACUAGUACACUAGGUUGGAGAGGCGCUUGCUCACUCCCAGGAUAGAUGAGUCGAGCCCAAUUCUGGGCUGGACAGGAAACAGGAGACGAAUGAGGAUGGGAGUAUGUAUGUGUUUGCAUGCCGAGCUGUUAGUUUAAAAAAUAUGAGGACAACGGGCACUACAAUUCGUUCAACUGAUUCACAGAAGCGUGUUAAUUUCGACCAUUAAUUCACCAAAUACCGUGAUUACUGCCUUUGGUUUUCAUCAUCCAUUGGGGUGAACACAGAAGAGGAGCCGCUGUUAAAUCCCAAUUUGACUGACAUAAAAGCUUAGUCCUGACUGUUGCGUUGGCUUCAUUUGACCUCUUUGACCUAAGUGGGACAAAGGGAGAGACACACCAGAGAUGGCAGAUAUGUCUGACGAUGAGCUGGACCACGGGGGAGUGGAGGAGGACAGUGAUAAGGAAGACCAGGACCUGGACAAAAUGUUUGGAGCCUGGUUGGGAGAGCUGGACAAACUCACACAGAGCCUGGAUGACGGGAAGCCACAGAAGCCAGUCCAGAAGGCCCCUCUCAGACAGGAAACCAACAUGGCUAACUUUUCUUACCGCUUCUCCAUGUACAACAUCAAUGAGGCUCUGAACCAGACGACAGAGACCGUAGACCUGGAUGCCCUGAUGGCUGACCUGUGUUCCAUAGAACAGGAGCUCAGCACCAUCGGUAAGCCCAACACCGGCACCGCCCGCCAGGCUAAAUGUCAACAACGAGGCCCGGGGGUUCGCAGCGCCAGUGCCAAGCAGACUGGCAGCGGUGGAGGCGGUAGCAGCGGGGGCAGCACCAGCAGUAGUACCCGGGCGUCACCAGCCUCCACCGUCCGAGGGGGCAGCUCCAACUCCCACGGGCGCCCGUCUGCAUCGAACUUCUCGCUGGACGACAUCACGGCCCAGUUAGAGCAGGCGUCACUCAGCAUGGACGAGGCAGCGCACCAGACUUCUUCCUCCUACUCCUCUGCCACCCUCCGGCGCCCCUCGGCGGGUUCCUCGUCCUCGCAGCACCGGAGGACGGGCUCAGUUGGCGCAGUUAGUGAACACGAGGCGGGGGGCCACUCCUCGAGGUCCAGCGUUAAUUCUGCGUCUGCGUCUGCGUCCAGCAUGGACUCUCUGGAUAUCGACAAGGUGCUGUCUAGGACAGCAGGAGGGGCCGAGCAGGAAGGGGAGUCCCAAGGCCCCCAGCCACCACAGGGCCCGGCCAGUACUGAGACCUCCCUGUCCCCAUGCAUGUUAACUGUGUGUGUUUGCAUCCUCUCUGCACCCAUAAUGCACCUCCCCGUUUCCCAGCAUGCCUCACUACUGCGACGGGCCAAUGGUAAGCCGGCCAGACGGCAGCUUGACUUCACCUCACGGGAGGGUGAAGUGGAUCUGGACACUCACUCCUAUCUGGACAGAGAAACGUCCCUCAUUCUGAAAAGCAUUGCAGGAAAGCCUUCUCACCUGCUGACCAAGGAGGAGCAGGGGGCCAAAGUGAAGGCCGAGAAGAUCCGAGUGGCCCUGGAGAAAAUCAAGGAGGCGCAAGUCAAAAAGCUGGUGAUCCGGGUGCACAUGUCGGACGAGAGCUCCAAGACCAUGAUGGUGGAUGAGAGACAGACUGUCAGACAGGUGCUGGACAGCCUGCUGGACAAGUCCCACUGUGGCUACAGCCCCGACUGGUCACUGGUGGAGAACAUCAAUGAGCUGCAAAUGGAGCGGAUCUUUGAGGACCAUGAGAACUUGGUGGAGAACCUAGUGAAUUGGACCAGAGACAGCCAUAACAAAGUGAUGUUCAUCGAGCGCAUUGAGAAAUAUGCCCUCUUCAAGAACCCCCAGAACUACUUGUUGGGGAGGAAGGAGACCUCUGAAAUGGCCGAUAGGAGUAAAGAGGCCCUACUGGAGGAGUGUUUCUGUGGCAGCUCAGUGUCAGUACCAGAAAUAGAGGGAAUCCUCUGGCUGAAGGAUGAUGGGAAGAAGUCGUGGAAGAAGCGAUACUUCCUGCUGCGAGCAUCAGGAAUCUACUACGUGCCGAAAGGCAAAGCUAAGGCCUCCAGGGACCUGGUAUGCUUUCUACAGCUGGACCACGUUAAUGUGUACUACGGCCAGGACUACCGCAGCAAGUACAAGGCCCCCACAGACUACUGUCUGGCCCUUAAGCACCCCCAGAUCCAGAAGAAGUCCCAGUACAUCAAGUAUCUGUGCUGUGACGACGUCAGGACCCUCCACCAAUGGUUCAACGGCAUUCGCAUCGCCAAGUACGGGAAACAGCUGUAUGUGAACUACCAGGAGGCCAUGAAGCGCACGGAGGCGGCCUACGACUGGUCCUCCCUCUCCACCUCCAGCAUCCGCUCUGGCUCCAGCUCCGGCUCAGCCAGUCUGCCCGAGUCCCAGUCGAACCACUCGGGCCAGUCAGACAGUGGAGUGGAUACGGCCUCCAGCCACGGACGCUCCCAGAGCGUGGUCAGCUCCAUCUUCUCUGAGGCCUGGAAGAGAGGAACGCAGAUGGAGGAGAACACCAGGAUGAGGGAGUCCACCCGAGGUGCCACCCUUCCCCACCCUGCCCACACGCACCGCCAGACCCCACAACUGGAGCCCCCUGCGUUGGCUGCGCCACCACAGCCACAACAGCAGCCGCCUCCCCAGACUCGCAGCAGCUACACCCACGCUCUACCCCCCAAGCCACAGGGGGGUACCUCCCCCCCACUUCAACAGCAACUGCCCCCCCAGAUCCGCAGCAGUUACACCCAGGUCUUGCCUUCCUUGCACCCCCAGCCCUCCCCUCCACCGCCCCAACAGCCCUCCCUCCACCGCCCCAACAGCCCUCCCCUCCACCGCCCCAACAGCCCUCCCCUCCACCGCCCCAACAGCCCUCCCCUCCACCGCCCCAACAGCUGCCCCCCCAGAUCCGCAGCAGUUACACCCAGGUCUUGCCUUCACUGCCCCAACAGCCCUCCCCUCCACCGCCCCAACAGCCCUCCCCUCCACCACCCCAACAGCUGCCCCCCAGAUCUGCAGCAGUUACACCCAGGUCUUGCCUUCCUUGCACCCCCAGCCCUCCCCUCCACCACCACAACAGCUGCCCCCCAGAUCCGCAGCAGUUACACCCAUGUCUUGCCUUCCCUGCCCUUCCCUCCACCGCCCCAACUGCCCUUCCCUCCACCGCCCCAACUGCCCUUCCCUCCACCACCGCCCCAACAGCCCUUCCCUCCACCACCGCCCCAACAGCCCUUCCCUCCACCGCCGCCCCAACAGCCCUUCCCUCCACCGCCGCCCCAACAGCCCUUCCCUCCACCGCCGCCCCAACAGCCCUUCCCUCCACCGCCGCCCCAACAGCCCUUCCCUCCACCGCCGCCCCAACAGCCCUUCCCUCCACCGCCGCCCCAACAGCCCUUCCCUCCACCGCCGCCCCAACAGCCCUUCCCUCCACCGCCGCCCCAACAGCCCUUCUCUCCACCGCCGCCCCAACAGCUGCCUCCCCAGAUCCGCAGUAGUUACACCCGGGUCUUGCCCUCCCUUUCACCACCCCCCCAGCCCACCCCUACACCACUCUCCCUGCCCCCCCAGCUUUCUCCACCACCCCAACAGCUACCCCCCCAGAUCCGCAGCAGUUACACCCAGGUCUUACCCUCCCUGCCGCCCCAGCCCUCUCCUCCACCACCCUCCCAGCUCUCUUCACCACCCCCCCAGCUCUCUCCUCCACCACCCCAACAGCUGUCCCCACAGCCCUACAGCAGCUACAACCAAGCUGUGCCCCCUCCACCCCCGCCACCCCCUCCCCCACCGCCCCUGCCUACCAGCAGCACCCCUCACCACUCGGGCCCCACAGUUUUCGCCAAGUACAGCACCAUCACCCGGCUGCAGAACCAGAACGCCGCCAAUCACCACAGGGCGCAAAACAACCACCAGAGCCCACCCAGGGCGUCAGCUCAAGCCCCGCCUCCUCCCCAUCAGACGGCUGUCAAACCGCUGGUCAACAACAUCAACGUCCCGCCUCCCCCGCCGCCCCCUUCCCCGCCCUCCAUGCCUGCUCUGGGGUCGGCCAUGGCCGCACUCCGGCUCGGGCCCCCCAGCCCGGCCACCCUGCCCCAGUUCAUCCCACCACCGCCGGAGAGCAACGACAUCCCCCCUCCCCCUCCACCACCCCCAGACCCCAUGCCAGGUCUGUGCCCAUUGCCCUACAGUGCCAACGCCCUCCAGCAGGCACUGGCCCAGAAGUUCCCCAGCGGUCCCCCCCAGGGCCUCUCUCCCCCGCUGCCAGACUGGUAGAGUCGUCCCCGGCACCGCCCCCUCCCCCGCCACCACCUCCUCCCCCGCCACCUCCCCCUCCUACCCCACCGCCUCCCCA